ACUCAACGUACGGUUUGACGUCUCUCGUCUUUGGGCGAGCAGCACGCUCCAGUUGCACGCCUUAGUGCUGCUCUCAUGCAACGGCCGCUGCCAUCUGGGUACAACAUCAGAAGGAUGUACUACGGAAAGCGAAUAGCCUCACCGUACUAAUCUUCUACUCGAGCCACCGGUCUUCCGUAGGGACUCAACGGGGGCGUUCGAAAGGCAAGCUGGCGACUUAAGACCACUUUGUAUCUCGGACAAGUCGCUCCGAAGGCGUCAUGUCGCUCAUUGCCGACCCAGACUACAUGCUUUAUUCGCUGCGGCUGGCAUAUCUACGGCGGGUCGAUGAUGCUUGCGGCCCUCGCAUUAUUUCCUUCCCUGAUCUUGCACGCAAAGAGAAAGCCGUAGGUGGCUUCCAAGAUUCCACAGUCACAGGAGAAUACGGAGCCGCACAUGGUGACGAUCGCUCCGGGCCUGCGCGGGAGGGCAGGUCGCCAGCACUGUCCACGGGCCAAGUCCUACUAGCGCCAGACUCUCACGUCGUUAUCGGGGAGUUAAAUGAUCCAGAGGCUUGGCCCGAGAUUGAUGCGACGCACUCGCCUCUGAUUUCAACACCGUUGGCGGAUUUUGCAUCGCGGCAUGGGGAACACAACAGAGGAGCAUCUGGGUCCGGCGUCCUUUCCAAGCAUAAGCCAGGAAGCCUUGGCUAUACACAGACCAUCUAUGGCCCAGGAAGAAGUGGGGCCCUCGGCAUGCGGGUCAGUGGAAAAAGAGCGAGCAUGAAGAUCACCAAUUUGAUCAGGAGCAAGUACGGUGGUCGCGGUUCCAUUGAGGUGAUUGCCGAGGAUUCAAGCUUUCAGGAGAGGAGCGAGAGCAAGGAUGCCCUUUCACCUCGAGAAGCCACACCAUUAGCCUCGGGCCUGAAUCAAGACGAACAUCCUGCAGCUGCUGCACCAGAGCAAACAGGAUGGAGAGGUGCGCUGCAAGAAAGGCUGCGGAAGCUUGCUACGGCUGCCACUGCUGAGCACCCUCCAUCAUCUGACGAGACCGCCCGAUCGCUCGAAAGAGAAAAGCCGACGCCGCUCGCGGGCGCCACAGCGCCAUCAGCGCAGACCCUAAUGGCUCCUGCUCAUAAUGCGCAAAACUCUCCCUCACGGUCAGGCUCGAGCUCGGGCUCAGGCUCGUCCGGCCCAGUCGGGCCACCGCCCGCUCGCCCUGCCCGUAGAGUCUAUGAGCCAUCAGGACAACUGCGGCAGGUGCCGUCGUCCGAAGCUGGCCAGUUCGGACUGUCUAGUACCACAAGAGAUACCGGUCGUCCGCGUAGCAGCAGUAGUAGUAGCAAUGUCUCGGUGAGCAGCAGUGGCGCUGGCAGCAUCCUCGUUCCUCUCGGGUCAGCCUCGUCGGAUUUCGCGCCGAUAACGAGCAGCAGCGACGGUUUCUCGGGGAUCCCAAACAUGCCCCCUAGUGAACAGAACAGCAAAGAUCUGGCGGCAGAUAGUGCAAUGCGUACGCGUAGCUCCAGCGAAGGGGCAACCAUGAUGCCUCCAAUCGUGGCAUUCAAUAAUCUGGGCUUUAGCUCUCUUGAAGCAGUCGACCGUGGUGCCAAAAGCCGGGGCAAUGAUGAGCCUCAGGGGUUCAUUGAAGAAGAAGGUUCCGUCCUAAACGCUACAGAAAUGAAGUGGCAGAUGGGCGCUCACAGCGGCGCAAAAGACUCAAACGUGCUGGCACCAAAUCGAUCACUGGAAACGAAGAUCGAAAGAAGCCUUCUUACUCCGCCACAAGACUUCGGCUCGGAAAAGACGCCGAUUACUGAGAAGCGCUUUUUCACGCCGAUCACAGAAAUGGACAAGCCAUAUUUCCCCUCGCCUCUGCAUUCACACGAAGGCCACGCUGAUAUCAGCGAGUCCCCUGCGCUGCACCCGGUUGACUUGUCAGCUUUCACAGGGGACCCAUCGGAAGACAAGAUGCCUACAGCGAUGCCGUCUCCGCGUAUCCAAGUCUCGGAGAUCGAUCCAAGGGGCGAUGGCGUACUUUCUUCCGAGCGUGUAUCGGAUCUGGGCUCUCCAGCUUCCUUGGGGGAAGACGCGUCGCUUCCGGAUGUCGGCCAGGGAGAGUUACUGCCAGCCUCGCAGGCCUCAUCUGGUAACAUCUGUCCGUUCAGGCAACGCUUCGAAGGGGAUAGUGAAGUGACAGCUUCAGAUUCAGCGCUAGGGUUGGUCUUGCCACCCAAAUUUGAUACACAUGCCGUCAGAAAGAAUCGACUUGGUGCCCUGAAUACGCUCUCACCUUCUCCGGCGCCUGCACCAAAAGAUGCUGCAGGUAGCGAGGCCAAUGUGAAAGGACAAGAUACAGUACCAACGGGUGUGGCGCCGACGAUUCCUGGGAGGAUGCCAAAGAAAGUGGUCGAUAAUGACUGGUUCAUGUCUCUCAGACGCGAUCCUACAAAGGCGGCUUUCCCGCAUACCCAAGUGAAGGUUGUCUCAGCGCUCACUGCAAAGCUGAAGAAACAGGACGCCGCUCCGGAAAAUCCAUUCGCGCCGUUCUAUGCGGGCGUCGCUGCACGAUCAGGUGGUGAACCCAGCAUUGCGGUCGAUGUGUAUCUCCCCUUUGCUUCCACUGGUACCACGACUGCGUUGAGCAAACCUGCUACAAGCUCAGUUGAGGCUAUCGAUGUCAAGGCAAAGCGCAUGAGAAUGAAUGUGCGCAAGGAUGCGACGAUGGAGGAGCUCAUCGGGUUUGGCCUGUUUUGCCUUGUUGAACAAGGCUGGGGCCCAAGCUUGCACGAGGAGAGCGUGCCGGAAACGCAAAAGGGGUUUAAGCUGACGACAGUCGGCUGGGUCCUUCGUGUGGUAGAGGACGGAGAGGUGGACGAUGAUUACCCUGCCAUCGAUCGCACUCUAACGGUCGGUCGAUUUGGAAACGAUGAGUUUGCAAUUGUGGAGGCCAACGAAACACAGAUCAAACACAAUCAGGCCGCAUAUAACAACAUCAAGCGCCGUAUCUCUCGGACCACCGGCACCAGCAAAAUGGCAAUGUCAGGUCUGGCGCCACUGAAUGCUGACAGCCUUAAUGCUUUGACGCCUCACUCUGUUCCAGUCAAUGAAGACACUUCGGUCCUUGCAUCAUCAGCACAGGGAAGGAGCCUCAAUGCUCCUAUGAGCACGGGCGUCUUCUUGCGUGUGCUCGUCACACCAAAUUCAGAGGUCCGCUACAAGACGACUCUGCAAGUGCCAUCGGAGAUGUACCUUGCGGAUGUCCUCGAGAUGAUAUGUCGCAAGCGACACCUGUCUUCCCCGGACGAGUGGGCGCUCAUUGUACCGGACAAGGAUAUCAUUGUCCCGCUUGACCGUACGGUAGAGAGCCUGCAAGGCACCCACGACCUCGCGCUCGUUCGUCGGUCCACGCUUGGCAUGAAAGGAGUAGCGGGUGCACUGACCGGGCGAAGCACCAAUCCGAACGCGUCCAUCUUCAACAAGCGGCACUCGGAGCCUGCGCAACCGCGUUACAAAACCAUGCAGGACAUUGCCUCCGUAUACAAGUCCUGGACUGUCACACGAAAAACGCCGAUAUUCGUCAGCAGGCACGAGCAGCGCAGCCUGACGCUGGACGGCGACUGGAUCCAUAUCAUGCCGCUGGACGUGCGCGCGUUCCAGACGCGCGCAGCCUCGUUCCACGUCGGCUCGGUCACUGUGUGUGAUAUCUCAACGAAAGGUCCGCACAUUUUCAAGCUGAUCGUCCGGCGCGAGGUGCCAAGGGAGACGAAGCGGUACGACUUUGAGGCGGACAGCCCCAAACAGGCGGGCGAGAUCGUUGGCGAGAUCAAGGCACUCAUGCGUCAGCAUUCUGAAGAGCUCAAGCAGAGAGGAUGAGCUAUACAGCUCCCGGCUUGCGCCACUUGUGUAUUUUUACAUUCAUACCCUUGCGCAUUUGAAUUGCUG